AUGCGUCACUAUCAGCUCACAGAUUGCGAGGAUGACAUUGUUGACAUUGUCUUGAGAAUCAAGCACGGUAAUUUCACCUGUUCGGAAAUGUCAUUUAGGAUGUCUACUCGUCUGCUGGCACGGUACCUGACUUGCUCAUCAACUACAGCUAUACGAACAUUUGCCACCCACAGCCCUCGGAUGCUUCUCAAACCUGCUGAACCACCAUUAUCAACCAACCUGCCUAGAGAUGCCUUCCAACUCCUAUCGACAGCAGAAAAAGCAGGCACUUUUGAAGACGCUUUAUAUGAACAGCAGAUCCGAGACGUAAAAGCAUGGUGGGCAAGCGAACGGUUUGACGGGGUCAAGCGGCCCUAUUCGGCGGCUGAUAUUGUGACCAAGCGAGGAUCGUUACAGCAGAUAUACCCCAGUUCCUUGAUGGCGCGGAAACUGCUUGACUUACUGAAUGAACGGGCGGCAGAGGGACUGCCUCUGCAUACAAUGGGUACAAUUGAUCCCGUGCAAAUGACACAACAAGCACAGCACCAAGAGGCCUUGUAUGUCUCAGGAUGGGCAUGUUCUUCCCUGCUAACGAGCACAAAUGAAGUCUCCCCAGACAUGGGCGACUAUCCCUACAACACCGUACCGAACCAGGUGCAACGAUUGAUGAACGCGCAGAAGAUGCAUGACCGGAAACAGUGGGACGAGCGCAGACAGUUAACCUCUGAUCAACGGAGAAACACACCAUACGUUGACUUCUUACGGCCGAUUCUUGCUGACGGCGAUACUGGGCACGGUGGCAUAACCGCUGUCAUGAAACUAGCUAAGCUAUUUGCCGAAUACGGCGCAGCAGCAGUCCACUUCGAAGACCAACUCCAGGGAGGCAAGCAAUGUGGCCAUCUAUCCGGAAAAGUGCUUGUCCCUAUGAGGGAGCAUAUAAAGCGGCUGGUAGCAGCCCGGUUUCAGUGGGAUAUGAUGGGCACGGAGAACCUGCUCAUCGCUCGGACGGAUUCGCAGAGCGGUAGCCUCAUCUCCAGCACAGUCGAUGGUCGUGAUCAUGAGUUUAUCUUGGGUGUGAUGAUGAAUGAAGGGGAAGUAGAGCCUUUGGCAGAGACUCUUCAGGAGAUGGAGAGGCAAGGGGCUGCACCAGUGGAAAUAGACGCCUUUGAAGCUGAUUGGAUUCAUGCGCAUAGACUUGUUACGUUUGAUGAAGCUGCCAAUGCCCAUUUCGAAACCCAGGGAACGUCACCAGCCAUUCGACAAGAAUACCACCGGCAAGUGCAAGAGAGCCCAGAUAUAUCGUUAUCCCAAAGGCAAAAACUAGCCGAAGGAUGCGCCAAAUCACCAGUGAAAUGGUCUUGUGAUAUUCCCCGCACCCGGGAGGGCUAUUACCACUACCGUGCUGGUCUUCCGGCAGCAAUCAAACGAGCCAGGGAGUAUGCACCAUAUGCCGACCUCCUCUGGGUCGAGACAAGUAGCCCAAGCCUAGAUGAAGCAGCACAAGUCGCUAGUAAUGUACACGCAGUAUAUCCUGGGAAGAAACUCGUGUACAAUCUGAGUCCGUCCUUUAAUUGGCUAGGGCAGGGGUUUACGGAUGAGUCCUUGAAAUCUUUUGUCUGGGAUCUUGCGAAACUCGGAUUCGUCUUGCAGUUAGUUUCCCUGGCUGGACUACACUCCACGGCAACCAUUACUACUGAGCUUUCGCGCGCAUUCAAGGACGAGGGUAUGCUUGCGUAUGUCCGCUUGAUUCAGGCGCGGGAGAAAGAGCUCGGGGUGGAAGUUCUUACGCAUCAGAAAUGGAGCGGUGCUACUUAUAUGGACGGGAUCUUGGGUGCCAUUCAAAGUGGGAGUAGUAGCAAUAGGGGUAUGGGUGAGGGGAACACAGAAGCAGGUGAGUUAUCUACCUGGUAUUCAGAUUAG